AUGCCUCCGUUACUACCAUGUAGAGCAGCAUUGCUGCAGUGCGUCCGCGCACCCCUACGAACCGCCCCUCGCGCCGUCUUCAUCCCCACGCGCAAUGCCUCGAUCAAGCACCCCAAGAACUUCACCCCGCCUUCCCCCGACGAGCUGGAGGAGUUGCGAGAGCGGACCAUCGAGUUUGCGAGGCGGGAAAUCACAUUCGACGUGGCACAACAGACCGACCAGGGCAAUGAAUUCCCCAACGACAUGUGGCGCAAGCUGGGCGAGGCGGGGUUCUUGGGCAUCACGGCCGACGAGCAGUAUGGCGGGCUCGGGAUGGGAUAUCAAGCACACUGCAUCAUCUUGGAGGAGCUGAGCCGGGCGAGCGGCAGCAUUGGAUUGUCCUAUGCCGCCCAUUCUCAGCUCUGCGUCAACCAGCUGCAGCUGAACGGCAGCGAUGAGCAAAAGGCCAAGUACCUUCCCGGCUUGCUUUCGGGCGAGAAGAUCGGGGCACUCGCCAUGAGCGAGUCCGGGUCGGGGUCGGAUGUGGUCAGCAUGAAGAUGACGGCCAAGGAGACGGACGGCGGAUAUGUGCUCAACGGGACGAAGAUGUGGAUCACCAACGGCCCCGACGCGGAUGUCAUUGUGGUCUACGCCAAAACGGAGCCCGACGCCGCGAGCAAAGGCAUCACGGCUUUCAUUGUCGAGACGGCGACAGAGGGCUUCAGCUGCGCACGCAAACUGGACAAGCUAGGCAUGCGGGGCAGCAACACGGGGGAGAUUGUAUUUGACAACGUCUUCGUCCCCUCCUCCAAUAUCCUCGGCUCGCUGAACAAGGGCGUGCGUGUGCUGAUGGAAGGCCUCGACCUGGAACGACUGGUGCUCUCCGCCGGCUCACUGGGGCUGAUGAAGGCCGCGCUCGACGUGACACUCCCCUACGUUCACGAACGCCACCAAUUCGGGCAGCCGCUCGCGCACAACCAGUUCAUCCAGGGCAAACUGGCAGACAUGUAUACGAAGUACCGUGCCAGUGCAGCCUUCACGUACAGUGUGGCACGACACAUUGACGAGUCACAUGAGUCGCCGGACAUCCGCACGCAGGACUGCGCGGGUGCCAUUCUGUACGCGGCAGAGCGGGCGACGGAGUGCGGGAUGGACGCGAUUCAGUGCCUGGGCGGGAUGGGGUACAUGAACGAGAUGGCGGCGGGGAGGAUUAUGCGCGAUGCCAAAUUGUAUGAGAUUGGAGCGGGCACGACGGAGGUGAGGAAGUUGGUGAUUGGGAGGGCGUUUAAUCGGGAGUUCGGCACGAGGUGA